UCCUCUCCCCUCCACGGCCCCCCCAAAUCCCCUCGGUCCUCGCCUUCGCAAAUCCUCCCCUACCAAAACCCCGACCCUAACCCCAGCGGGCAAUCGAAGAGGAGAAAUGGCCCAGAGAGAGAAGGAGCUCCAGGUCCCGGAGACCCUCACCCUCUGCGUCAACAACUGCGGCUUCUACGGCAACCCCGCCACCAACAACAUGUGCCAAGCCUGCUUCCAGGCUGCCGGAUUCACCUCCCCCUCGCCCCCGUCCCGCUCCGGCCACGAGAAGCCCAGCUCCACCCCGACCCGGUCGCCAGAUCCGGCGGUGGAAGCAGGGAGGGGAGGUGCUGAAUCGCCGGCGGCCAAGACUGAUGCCGCCACCGCGGCCGCUGCCGUGGGGGUGGCGUCUGCGAGGCGGGUGAACCGGUGCGCGGGUUGCCGGAAGAGGGUGGGGCUGACGGGGUUUCGGUGCCGGUGCGGGAAUCUGUUCUGCGUGGAGCACCGGUACUCGGACCGCCACGACUGCAGCUUCGACUACAAGGCCGCCGGCCGGGAAGCCAUCGCCCGGGAGAACCCCGUCGUCCGGGCCGCCAAGAUCGUUAAGAUUUGAGGUGUUGAUGCGGGGAAGAGAAGUCCCCCUUUUGUUAUACCUUUUUCUCUGGUGGUCAGAUCGAUUUGGUAAA